CGAUUGAUCUCAAGUUUUAAGGUUGUUGAUGUUGAACUGUCAGUGGUUAAUCUACUGUCGUCACUGCGCCUGGAAGAAGUUCGGCAUCGACGAACCAGUGACGAGGACGAUGAGUUGCUCCGAAUAACUCACCAACGAAUACAUGCUGUGAUAAUGCAAGAUCAGGAUGAUACUCGAAGGCGGCGUAUGCGAAGGGCACUGCCACCAUCAAACUGUGUACGUGAACAGAUCUUCUACCUACGCCGCCUUCCCCAUAACUCAGUGCCAGCACCAUCGUACUAUCCAAGAUUGUUUAGCGCUCUUGACUGUAUCGUAAAGGAAUCGUUUGAUGAAGAAUAUAGAAAAGUGGCUAUUGUUUUGGGUCUUGUCGAAAGUUUGGCGGAAUUGCUAGUCCUAGAAUUGACAGUGUUUGAAUUUCCAAGUCGAAAUGAGCAUCGUUCCCUUCGGAAACUCAUUGCUAAUGCCCUAACCAAUCUGACAUAUGGUCAUGCAGCGAGCAAGCGUCGUCUGUGUUUCUAUUCUGGUUUCAUACCGUCAGUUGUGAGGAUACUGAACGAGGCGAGGAAUCUAGCACAGGUGUAUGCGGGAUUGGUACGAAACCUAAGCUGGAUGGCUGAUGGAAAAAUGAGUGAAGUGUUAUCGCCUACAGCGAAGGCGUUAUCUCGCGCUGCUGUCGCCGCCCAUAACGAAUUUUUAGGAUGUGUGCGUGCUAUUCUUAGCGCGCUUUGGAACUUAGCUUCGCAUUCGGAACGUAACAAACGCGCCAUAUGUGACGAACCAGGAUUUCUUGCGCUUCUCAUUUCAUUGCUUUCGAAUGAUGCCAGAAUGACGGCGGUGGUGGAAAGUGCCUCGGGUAUUUUAAAGUAUGUUUCCCAGUACUUGUCGACGAACUCUAGUCAUCUCAGUGCAAGGCCGGAACUGGCUGCGCGCUUGGUACAGCUCCUCAGCAGUGCCUCUUUCACUAUUGUGGCGAACACCCUUGGUGCGCUAGCUAAUCUGAUCGCUAAGGAUCCUCAUUUGCAGUCACUAGUUCGACAUGAUGUAAUGGGUAUGAACCAAUUGAAUGUUCUACGAAACUCUGCACGCGAGGACAUUAGAGCUGCUGUCAAAGCAGUUCUCAAUCAUCUCAAUCAACCUGUAGGAUACACACGCUAUGCAGAAAUGUCAACAUCGAUGGGUUGUGAAUCUAUGUGCUCUCCCCGUGACUCGCGUCUUUUGGCAGUUCGAGGGGUUCGGAUGUCACCUGGAGCUGCAAUGGGGUGCUAUACCCCGCAGUCGUACCCUGAUCAUCGAUCUAACAGUCUUCCACGACAUUUCACUCGUGGAGGUUUCGCAGGCCCAACACACAAGUAA